CAUGUGCACGGGGAAGUGUUCGAAGUGCAUUGGGAUCACCCUGUUCCCGCUGGCGGCAUGUGCCAUAGUCUCCAACAUCCUCCUGUACUUCCCCAACGGACGAGUUCUGCAGCUCAGCGAGAUAACCGAUCUGGUCUGGUUUUUCCAUGGCAUUCUGGGAGCUGGGAUACUGGUUAUUUUGCCGGCAUUCAUGAUGCUGGGAGCAGGCGGAGCAGGAUGUUGCGCUAACAGAUGUGGGAUGCUGCUGUCAGUGGUCCUGGCUGUGCUGGGAUUCGCGGGAGGAGCAUAUUGUGCGGUUAUCUCCUCACUGGGGCUGAUUGGAGGCCCUCUGUGUGACACGGGUGAUGGAGAAUACCUCUACCCUUUCAGGAACAACACUCUGGAAGACAAUUACUUGUUCAACCAGACAACAUGGAGCAUUUGCAAAGAACCUGAAAACAUCAUCCUUUGGAAUAUCGUCCUUUUCUCUGUUCUCCUGGCCAUUGGUGUGAUUGAAGCUAUUCUUUGUUUUAUUCAAGUCAUCAAUGGACUUACCGGCUUCAUAUGUGGCACAUGUAUGAGGAAAAGAAAGACAAAUAUUUCUGGAAUGUGA